GUAUAUAAUUAAAGGGAGUUACAAAACCCCUAAAAGAGAAAAAACUCACAAGUCUAGAGAUUCUUUUUGAUCCAGCUGCAUCGCUCUCCUUCUCCGUUAACGGCGACACACCAGUAGAAUAGAAUCUCCGCCGCCGGCGACAUAAGGAAGAAGUUGUCUAUCUAGAGAUGGCGUCAAAGUUACUACAACUGAAAUCGAAGGCCUGUGAAGCAUCCAAGUUUGUGUCGAAGCACGGCACGACUUACUACAAACAGUUACUGGAGAAGAACAAGCAGUAUAUCCAGGAGCCAGCCACUGUCGAGAAAUGCAAUGAGUUGUCUAAGCAGCUUCUCUACACUCGUCUUGCUAGCAUUCCUGGACGUACUGAGUUGUUCCGGAAGGAAGUGGAUCACGUGAAAGGCUUGUGGAAGAAUAGGGCGGAUUUGAAGGUUGAAGAUGCUGGAAUCGCAGCACUUUUCGGUCUGGAAUGCUUCGCUUGGUACUGUGCAGGUGAGAUCGUUGGAAGAGGCUUCACUUUCACCGGCUACUACCCUUGAAAGAAAACAAAAGCAAAUCAUUGAAACGCUGAAAAACAGCCUUUUUUAAAUCCAUAAAAACUGGCGGUUUAUCAUCGCAUUAGAUCCGAAAAGUUGAUUUCUUAUUUCUGUCUUUGGAUAAUUUAAUACACACAAGUUUUGAAGCUGAGGCGUCAAUCACUCAUGCUAGCUCUUAAUAAUAUCAAUGGACAAUCUGUUUGCUGUUGGUUUGUCAGUA